CUUUUUUUCCAUGUCGCCGCGCUAGACGAAGGAGAACGAGCCUUUAAUCUUCAUGAUUCAUACUAUGAUCGAGAACUCAGCACCAAGACCACAGCUCUACCAGCAGGUCGGCACAGACUACUGCAAAGACAACGUCCAUCACGCGGACGAGGCCGAUGUAGACACCAAGCUAAGCAGACUGUGUGAACAGGACAAGGCUGUGAGGACGCAGGAAGAGAAAAUGCAGCAGCUUCACAGAGAGAAGGUAGAGCAGUGUCUCUCUGUCUGCCUCUGUCAUCACAUGACACCGUAGUUGUGGUUUUUUGUAAAGUUGGUGUUUAAAUUAGGGAUGUCCGAAGAUAUUGGCCGACCGAUAUUAUUGGCCCGAUAUUAACAUAUAAUUUAAUAUCUGUAAGAAUUGUUAUCGUUUUUUCCUCUGAUAAUAAAAACCCAGUUACGCAAUGCCAGGGUUUCGCCAAAAUGUGCCCAACAUAUUUUUGGUGAAAGUCACUAGAU